CAUAAUAAUGUACAUAUGUACAUAUAGGAUACAUAUUUACUCAUUUCAUAUCUCACACCAUAAACUUAUCAUGCACAUAACCGCUCCCAUCUCUCGCUCUUCCCAUUCGCAACAUGCCACCAUGUCGCCAGUAUCGCAAUCGGACUCACAAUAGCAGCAGAAGAUACACUAUUACUACCAGUUACGUCCACAGGUGCACCAUGGAGUCCUGGCGCAAGUUGCGCGCUCGUAUCGAGACAACCAAGCUGCCCGAAGAUGUCGACGACGGACUGGAACGUCUAGAGGACUACAUACAGCGUUGGCGUUCCGUACGAAUCAUUUACUUCACCAUGUUCCUGAUGGCACUGGGCUUUAGUAUAAUACUUACUGGCAUUUGGCCAUUUCUAAGCGAGCUAGAUCCCAAUGCAGGCAAGGAGUUUAUGGGUCUGAUUGUGGCUGCCAAUCCGUUGGCUCAAAUGAUCUUCAGUCCCAUCUUUGGCUGGUGGGGCAAUAAAUUAGGCACUAUUCGUCUGCCGCUGUUGAUCUCCCUUGGUCUCUUUACGAUUGCAAGUGCACUGUAUUCGUCUCUGGAGCUGGUCGGGGAUAAUGCCAAAUACUGGAUGUUGAUCUCGCGAUUCCUAAUCGGUGUCAGCUCGGCCAAUAUUGCCUUAUGUCGCUCCUAUUUGUCGGCUGCAACACGUCUCAGUGAACGCACACAUGCAGUGUCCAUGGUCUCACUUGCCCAGGUGUUGGGCUUCAUCAUUGGUCCCGGUUUGCAGGCUCUGGUCACGCCGCUUGGUCGCCAAGGUUACAUUUGGCUGUGGGGUGGCAUGCAUGUGAAUAUGUAUACUGCGUCCGGUUGGAUUAAUGUACUCAUGAGCAUGAGCAACUUUGUGAUGUUUCUGCCAUUUAUAUUUCAGGAACACAAGAUUGCCGCUCGUGAGAUUAUGGUGCUGCAAGGCGGCACCUCGGAGCGCGACACCUGGAAGGCCAUCAAACCGAACUAUUUGUCCGCCUGGACUUUGAUUGUAGCCUUCUUCGUGCUCGUCUUCAACUUUGUAUUGCUAGAAACCUUGGGCACUUCGCUAACCAUGGACAUGUUCGCUUGGACUAAUGACGAGGCGCUGUCGUAUAUGGGCCUCUGUAUGGCCGUCGCUGCUAUCAUUUCGCUAGUCACUUUUGUGCUCAUCGAGCCAAUGUGUAAACUAUUUGCGGAGCGCUUUGUACUCAUUUGGGGCGGCUUUUCUUUGAUGGUCAUAGGUCGACUGCUCUACAUCCCCUGGGGACCAGAUCCCCCCAAACUGGCCGUCGCUUAUAAUGCUAGCGCCAAUCUGAGCAGCAGUGACCCCAUCUAUUUGGGUUGCCCACCCACGCAGGAUUGGUGCCCAGAUCUACCAGCGCUAACAUUGACACAGUUCAUCCUUGGAUUUGCGCUGACCUCAGUCGGCUACCCCAUUGGCGUGACGUUGAUACAGACAAUAUUCUCCAAGGUGCUGGGUCCACGUCCACAAGGCGUCUGGAUGGGCAUGCUGACUGGAGCUGGGUGCUUGUCGCGUGUAAUGGGCCCCGUGUUCGUUGUCUCCAUCUAUACACGCCUGGGCACAUAUUGGACUUUCGGUUUCACUUCGGUUAUGAUGAUUGUAUCGAUGAUCUGGCUGCUAUGCAGCAAUCGAUUACUCAUUCCGCCAACGAUCGAUAAUUCAGCAAAAGUUGUGGAGUUGCAAGAAUUGCAUAAGCCCAAUGACAAAUCCAAUGCAGACGCAAACUUGGCCAUUGAUGAUGAUGCAGAUGAGCUAUUGGCGCCAUCCAAGAGCAUUCAAAUUGUGACCAGUUCCAAAACGUAGCAGUAUUGGAGAAAUUGAAAACAAAGAGAGAAAGGUGCAAUACACUAAUACUGCCUUUAAGUCUAACAAUGAAUUUUUAGAAAAUAAUCUGUUUUACAGCAGAUAAUGAACUGGUAGCAAGUUAUGAAAAUACGUUUAACAAUAUAUAUUUUUCGACAUAUUUAUAAAAUUUGUCAUCUGCAUUUUUCAUAAUUAAGCCGCUGACCGAAAUAAAAGUUAAUUUAAAUAACAAAUUAAAGGACAUCAGUUUUCUAAAAAGCACAAUUAUUUGUGCUUGUUGCUUUUUAUUGGACUUAUUAUUAAUCGCACAUAUCCAAUUCGAUUUUUAUAGUUUACGCGUAAAAAUGAUUUUAUUUUUUUGAUGAAAUAAUGAACGCAACGAAUAUAAUAUGGCUACAUGCCUAAUUACUCCGAUGUCGUCAUUAUCAGUCAAACAAAUGUUUUUUAAUUUUUAAUGUAUGAAUAGUAUGAGAAAUGGAUGACUAUAUAGAGGGGAUUUCUAUCAUAAAUUGUUAUGCCUUACGUUACUGCUUAGUUCAAUUUCGUGGCAUGUGGCAAUGCUACCAGUACGGUUGCAUCCACAUCUGUAGAAACGGCAACUGCUGCAGUAGGUGUUGCUGAUGAUGCGUUGGCGACCAGCAAAGAAACCAACAUGUUGCACCACUGAAAGUGUUGUUGUAGUUAUAAAUUGGUAGAUAUGGAUGAGUAGCUAGAUGUGGAGUUGGAGGCGCAGUUGUUCCAAA